CCUGUUCGUCAGGCCUCUGCCACUGAUACAAGGCAGCGGAGCGCGCCAAAAGAUCAUCUACUGCCGAAUCAGUCGUCGGUUCAAUGCGUUAGUCUUGUGAGGAAUGAGAUCCUACCAUAAGCCUUCAAUCGCGAGUCGAGCUCCUGAAACAAGGCCUUGCGGACAGCUGGGGUUCGCAUGUCGUCGCCAUCCCGGUUCGACAGGUAGCGUCGUGUGCCUGCCGAUGCGGCGUCCUGCAUGUCCUGGUAGUCCAGCCUGGACUCCAUCUCUCGAAUGACGUCCUGUUGGUACAGAAGGAGUCGAGUCCGGAGCCAGCCAAAACGCCGGUAGAUCAUAAAGUUUGGGUCGCUGUCAACGAAGGUCGCGAUCCUUGGCCAUCCGGCCACGGCACACUCGACUGUGACAGUUCAGAGAUGUUCUCAUGGCUUAUUGGCGGCACUUACGAGCGCGGACAUCGGUAUUUUCCUCCUCCUGAACCUUUCGCCCUUGCUGUUUGAUGGAACAUCCUAUACCGAGACGGUGCAGCCAGCCUCGUUCUAUUACUUCAGUCAACCCCUCAUCUGUACAGGUGUCGGAUGCGCUUACUAUUGGAGUCCUCCUGACACUCGUCGGCGGUAUGAUACCCUUUCUCGACAUCGUCGACUGGCAUAUCGGGGUCUCCGGCGAAGUCGGCUGUUACGAGUCAAUGGUUGCAAUUCACCGUUCUUCGGGAAGAUAAACACGAAGACAACAAUAGCCUGGCGAAGGAAGCCAUGUCUAUCGUGCUUCAUACAGGCUGCAGUGGUCCAUUGUUACACGCAGUAGUCGCACGAGGCCAACUCUCGACCUCGAGGCUGUGGACAUGUUCUUGUUACACGAGGCGUGCACGCUGACAACCUCCGGCAAGCACUGGUACACAGCACCGCCCCCCCGUCAGGCUGCACGUUUCUCGCCAAAUUCAUCGAAUCAGCUGAUAGUACAGUAUGCGAGCCAUUUGCUCAGACAUGUUGUUCUUGACUCCUCUCCCCGAUCUCGCUUUUCCCAUUACUGCCACUCAGACGGAACCAUUUCUUAAAAAAGUCCCCGAUCCUCCGUGUGAACCGUCUCUUCUCAGACUUGCCCUCCUUCUGUCUUGGUCGAUCCCUGGUUUUGUCAUAGUCUCGCCAUGCGUCGUCGCCAUAACCUGCAGGUCGGAUGGUGUCGGUUUCCUGGAGCCAUCUCAGCACCGGGCUAAUGGGCAUGGUCUUUUGCAUACCUGGUCGACCCCUUGGAUGGGGUUUAUGUGUGAAAGUGGGCGGCUCCCACUAUUGCCCUUGGCGUCAUUUUGUUGGCCUGAAGACAUGCUGGUUUCUGAGGCGUGGGUUAUCCGGGGGUCAUUCGACAGUACGUUCCCUCAGUCUGCGUUCAGGGGAUGCAUUUCCAAGGGGUGUGAUUUUGAAUAAGCCGCGGUGAAGGCGCGUUUCUCUGCUGCC